AUGGGCGGGAUAUCUACUCUCAACCUUAACAAGCCGGUUCGCCCUGGCAUCGAGCGCGCGCCCACUUCCACAAACCUCUCCAGACCGCUUCCGAUUCACCGCCUCGAUGGGAAAGUCGUCUUCAUCUCAGGCGGAGGCGGCAAGAUCGGUGUCGAGACGGCGGGGCGACUACUGAUCGAAGGCGCAAAUGUCGCUCUGAUUGACAUCGACCAGGCGUCCCUCGAGGCCGCGGUCCCUGUCCUCAAAGCCGCGAUACCCACUGGCGUCCCGUUCGAGAGCAGGCUAUUGACCAUCGCAGCCGAUGCGACCAAGGAGUCGGACGUCGAAGCGUGCGUGAAGAAGACGGUGCAGCGCUUUGGCAAGCUAGACGCCGCGCUGCUCAACUGCAGUGAAAGGGAAGAAAGCGGGAGCCUUCUCGAGCUGGGGGAAGACCAAUGGGAUAAAAUUAUGGCUAUCAAUACCAAGUCUGCGUUCCUAGGCGUCAAGCACACUGCCGCAGCCAUGUGCGCCUCCCCCUCCAACACCGGCGGCUCCAUCAUCAUCCGCUCUUCCAUCGCAGGCCUGCGCGGCUCCCCAGGCCUCCUCGCCUACAGCGCGUCUAAGUUCGCGCUCCGUGGCAUCGCACUCACCGCUGCUGAAGAGCUGGGCCCGCACGGCAUCCGCGUCAACACGAUUCACACGAGCAUCAUCGACACGCCGGGCUUCAGGGAGGGCUGGACCAAGGAGAGGCUUGCGGAGUUGAAGGGAGAGACAAGUCUGGGUAGGUGGGGGACCCCAGAUGAUGUUGCGAGCGUGGUUGCGUUUUUGGCGAGCGAGGACAGCAAGUUUAUGACUGGAGGGCAUCUGAAGGUUGAUGGUGGGUGUGUUAGCAUCUAG